AUGCGCGUGCUCACCGUUUCGGGCACCUUCAGCGUCGUCCACGUCCAGCAACCACCACCAGCUGGUUCUGGUUCUGGAGAUGAUGAUUCAACCGUCGCCGACGCGGCAUCGGACGACGAAGCUGCAGUCGUCUACCGGCUGACGGCAGCCUCCCGCUUCCUCGUCAGCGACGAGGUGAGCUCGGCGACCUUGGCUCCCUUCGUGAGCCUGGCGCUCUACCCUAUCGCUUCCUCCCAGCAAGCCGUUGGCUUGUGCGCGUGGUUCCGGCUGGAGCAGAACGAUCCGUCCCCGUGUGGCCUGACGUUCAACCCAACAUUCCCGACGUUCUGGGAACACGCUAACGACAUAAACGCCUUACUGAACAAAGGCAUGGUCUCGGACAGCCGCUUCCUGAUGCCAAUCAUGCUCAGGGAGUGCGGCGAGGUGUUUCGUGGGAUCGACUCAACUCGUUGGUCGACGUCGGCGGUGGGCAUGGCGGCGCCGCCACUGCCAUCGCCGCUUCCUUCCCGCAUCUCAAGUGCAGCGUGCUUGACCUCCUGCACGUCGUCGCCGGUGCUCCUCCAUCCGAUACCAACGUGCACUUGGUCGCUGGCGAUAUGUUUCAGAGUAUUCCGCCGGCAACCGCUGUUUUCCUCAAGGUAA